GGGGACCUGAAGCGCGACAGAGUCGGCGCGCUCGGAGCUCUCGCUUCCGCGGAGGCUGCGUCUGGUUCUCGGCGAAGGGCCUAAGAGGUCCAGUCGGCGGAACCCACCGGUCUCUGGGCCCAGAGCCCCCAGAGCCCCACGGCGCCCAGAGCCUGGAUCACAAAGUGCUGCAGCCUGGCUUCUUUGUCUUACCAACACAUCCCACGCGUCUGCGCGCGCUGAUGUUUGUGUCCAUCCUCUUUACUGGCCGCGAGUGGACUGUUUUGCCAACCAUGGCAUCUGGAGAUGACAGUCCUAUCUUUGAAGAUGACGAAAGCCCUCCUUACAGCCUAGAAAAAAUGACAGAUCUUGUAGCUGUUUGGGAAGUUGCUUUAAGUGAUGGAGUUCAUAAAAUUGAAUUUGAACAUGGGACUACAUCCGGCAAGCGAGUGGUGUAUGUAGAUGGGAAGGAAGAGAUAAGAAAAGAAUGGAUGUUCAAACUGGUGGGCAAAGAAACCUUCUGCGUUGGAGCCGCAAAGACCAAAGCAACCAUAAGUAUUGAUCCCGUCCGUGCUUUUGCUUAUGAAUAUACUCUGGAAAUUAAUGGGAAGAGUCUCAAGAAGUAUAUGGAGAACAGAUCAAAAACCACCAGUACUUGGGUAUUACAUUUGGAUAGUGAGGACUUUAGAGUUGUGUUAGAGAAAGACACUAUGGAUGUAUGGUGCAAUGGCAAAAAAAUGGAGACAGCGGGUGAAUUUGUAGAUGAUGGGACUGAAACUCACUUCAAUAUUGGGAAUCAUGACUGUUACAUAAAGGCUGUCAGUAGCGGCAAGCGGAAAGAAGGGAUUAUUCAUAGUCUCAUUGUGGAUAACAGAGAAAUCCCGGAGAUUCUGAAAUGACUUCAUGUUAAUGAAUUUUAAUCUUAAGAAGUAAAGAUCAGGACUUUUAAAUUACUGUGGUAAUUAAAUAUGCUUAGUAUGUACUUUUCAGUACAGCUAGUCACCCUGUUUUCAUUUUAUAGUUACUUGAAACUAGUGUUUUAAGCAUCAGGAAAAAAAUAUGUAUCAUAAAAAUUGCAAUCUAUUUUGUAAAUAAUAUAAAAUGUUUUAAAGUCAAAUGGAAAAUAAGAUAUGGACCAAAAAAUCACUAAUGUUUUACAGGAGCAACUUUUACUAUAAUAAACACUAUAAAAUAACAUCA